UCCUGGCAGGGAGAUAAGCAGCGCGAGUGCCGCCGCUGGGUUUAGCGAGUUUCGCCGGGGAGGCUUUCAGACUGCCUCGCUGCAGCGGCCAGGACCGAGCCGGACCGGACCGGCCCGACCCGACCCAUGCUGCCUGCGGGCUGCGGCUGGCGGUUGGCGGCGGCGCUGUCGGCAGCGCUGGGCGAAGGCGCGGAGCGGCGGCGGGAGCUGGAGCAGCGGACGGCGCGGAGCCGGGCCCUCCUGCGGCGCUGGGACAGUGAGGAAGACGAGCAGCCGCAGCCAGAGGCCGGCUCCAGCAAUGGACACGAGAACAAGCCUUCGCCCAGGGAGCUGGAGGAGCUGGAGCUGCUGAACAGGGCCUUGGAGAAGGCACUGAAGGUCAGGAAAAGCAUCUUGAAAACUCCAUUAGAGGCCCAGGGAGCUACAGUCAAGAAAUCUGCAGGUGAGGGACCUGCUCCCAAGAAUGCUCAAGAGCAGCAAGUGCCUGCAGUUGAGGAUGUUCCUGAGAGCACAAGGGUGAGAGCUGUAACCAAAAACCCUGCCUCUUUGAAGAAGCCCUCUCGGUACCAGCUAAGAGCCCCUUAUAGGACUGAACCAGAUGUGAAAAAAACGCAAAGGAGAGCCCCAGCCAGAUGUAUUUCUCAAGGUCCCAGGACAGCUGGGAAGAGCUCCUCAAAAGGGCUGGCUUGCAAACAAGGAAGGAGUCAUAGGACCACAAUCGGUGACAGAGAGCUCUCUGCUCCAGCUGAACCCCAAAAGACACCUGGCUUGUCCAGAUCUGCCCUGAAUGAGCAGAAAAGCUUUUCCAUAGAGGAUUCAGCUGGGGGAAAGAACUCUGUAGCUGCUGGCAAGCAGUUAUUUGAUGCAGGGAAGAAAAGUUGUGGUUUCCUGGAAGAGUCCAGUAAAAAGGAGGACCCUGCAACUGAAGGUGCAUUGGGAAGGAGCACCUCACCUCAGACAGUCACCCUGCAGGAAAAGGGAUGCCAGCUGAAGCUACCCCUUCCCUACAGGAAAGCCUAUUCCAGAAACUCCAGAGUGCUAAUUCCUUUAAACCCCCGGGUUGUAAAGGUCCUGGAAAGCUUUAAUUGUGGAUUUAACAGUGCUGCAGAAGUCUCUGCUGAUUCCAUCUCCUUGUUGAAGGCGAGAAGCCCUGUGGGGGCAUGGGAGAGAUGUCGUCUCUGCCAAACAAGUGCAGAUGCAGCAGCUGCAAGGAACCGUUUUAUAGAGAGGAUCCAGACAACUUUUUGUUCACCGAUGCCAGCCUUCAGUCCUGCAGAGAUAGAGGAGGAAUUAAAGGCCCUCCAGGAUGUUCCCUCCCUUCUGAGCCAGUAUGUGGAAGCUGAGCCUGCAGACCAUCCCACUCUGCAAAGAGAGUAUGAAAGCCUCCUCACCUUGGAGGGUUUGCAAACCAGAGUUUCCCAGUACCUGCAUAAGCUGCAGCUGCUGCGAGCAGCUGUGGAGUCCCAGGCGAGGCUGCGCCCAGACUGCGCUGGGGAUGUAGGAAGCUGCUCUCCAGGCUGUGUUCCUGCCCGGGGACGGACAUGUGACAGUGCAGGCAUGCUGGCUGUGCCUCUCCUUUGUUACUCCAGCUCCCAGGAGCUGAGGGACCUGUUUGCCUUGAAGCUGCAAGUGUCAAUGCUGCACCAAGAAAUUACCUUACAAAAGGUCAUGAUGGCAGAACUCCUGCCUGUCCUGGAGUCCAGACUCUACCUGGAGGCCUCUGCAGCUCAGCUGUAUCGGGCAAUCUACACGCAGCUCUGUGAAGGAGGCAAGCGAUUCCCUGUGCUGGUGAGAGACGAGCUGGUGGACUGAUCCAGUGGGAACCUCCUACUAGGCAUUCACAUACCCAGAGACAGUUUUAAGCAAUAAAUCUUUUCUAUUAACUUU